AUGGAUGACCUGGAAUCUCUAGAACUUUUAUCUUUGGUAUCUAAAGUCACGUCUGAAAUCGAGAAUCACUUAGGAAUCAACGAGAAGACUCUUGCCGAAUAUGUCAUUGCGCAACGGACGCAAUGCAAGUCCUUCGAGGAUUUCCAGAAGGCGAUGGGUUCUGACUUCCCAGCGAGUUUGAUAGAGAGUGUAGAUCGCCUGGUGACAACUAUGCACCCUAAACUUAGAGGAGCAAACGGUCAACAAAGUCGACAUGGAGCAGCAAUAGCUGAAGAAAAGACCAAGGUGUUCAGAGGACUCGCACUUCCCGACAGAGAUGUGCCAUGGCAAGACGACGAGGACUUCGAUGGAAACGGCAGCAAAACCAAUGAACCGGAUGCUAUAGAUGAUACACUCGCGCUUCUGGAAGGCCUCGAACCCAAGGCGCGAACAGAGAAACCUCAAGCCCCAAGUCGCAAACGGAGUCGAAGCCCUGGGGAUGACUACGAUCGGGGUCGCAUGGGGAAAGAUCGAUAUAGGUCUCGCUCAAGAUCAUUAGAAGAGCCUCGAAGACGUAAGAAACGGGAUAAAGAAGCAGCAGAUGAAUUCGGCCGCUCGAGGAGGGGCCAUAAGUCAAGGAGAAAGAGAGAUGAGGACGAUGACUUCCGAAGACCCCCUACGCCAGAAAUUGAUGACGAACCGAUAUUAAACAAAGUUUAUGAUGGGCAUGUCACUGGCGUGAAAGACUUUGGGGCAUUCGUGAAUAUACAUGGAGUAAAGGGUAAGGUUGAUGGGCUUGUACAUGUGUCCGCGUUAGUUGAAGGCCAGAGAGUAAACCAUCCGUCGGAUCUGGUCUCGAGGAACCAGCCUGUCAAGGUUAAGGUACUCAAACUUGAAGGAAAUAGGAUCGGUUUGUCGAUGAAAGAGGUCGACCAAGAAACCGGGCGAGAUUUGGUACCCCAAUCAAGGAUACAAUCUGGUGCCAAUAGCGAGAGGCUAGGAGGAUCGAAAAACGAAUAUGGAUUGUUAGACGAAGCAGUCACUGUGUUUGAGGGAGAUAUGUCGCGAAACUCACGACAUCCAAAGAAACGCAUGACGUCCCCAGAGCGGUGGGAAAUCCGGCAAUUAAUAGCAUCUGGAGUUGUGAAAGCCUCCGACUACCCCGACCUGGACGAGGAUUACCAUGCCACUCUCAACGGUGAAGGAGAAAUGGAGCUUGAGGAGGAUGUAGAUAUCGAACUUCGGGAAGAGGAACCUCCUUUUCUAGCGGGUCAGACAAAGCAAUCUUUGGAACUCUCACCCAUCAGAGUAGUCAAGGCUCCUGAUGGCUCUAUGAAUAGAGCUGCGAUGGCGGGAACAACUUUAGCUAAAGACCGCAGAGAAUUGAGACAGCAAGAAGCGCAGGACAAAGCAGCCGAAGAAGGCUCAAAGGUGGACUUGGCUGCGAACUGGAAUGACCCAAUGGCGAAUCCCGACGACAGGAAAUUUGCUAGCGAUUUGAGGGCAAUUAAACCAGCCGCUCCUGGUGAAGUGGUCCCCGAAUGGAAAAAAGCAACACAGAGCAAGGAGCAAUCACUGGGACGACGAACAGAUAUGACUAUGAAACAACAACGAGAGUCUUUGCCUGUGUUCAGAUUUCGAUCAGAGCUGAUAAAAGCAGUUCAUGCAAAUCAGCUCUUAAUUGUGGUUGGCGACACUGGUUCGGGGAAAACGACCCAACUGACCCAGUAUCUGGCUGAAGCUGGUUUUGCAAAUAACGGUAUGAUAGGAUGUACACAACCGCGUCGGGUCGCUGCAAUGUCAGUCGCGAAGCGUGUUUCUGAAGAAGUAGGCUGUCAAUUAGGUCAAGAGGUUGGCUAUACCAUUCGAUUUGAAGAUAAUACCAGUCCAGCGACCAAGAUAAAAUACAUGACCGACGGCAUGUUACAACGUGAGAUCUUAAUAGAUCCUGAUCUAAAUAGAUACUCUGUAAUCAUGUUAGACGAAGCCCACGAGCGCACAAUCGCCACGGACGUCUUGUUUGCGCUUCUCAAGAAAACACUCAAGCGCCGACCGGACAUGAAGGUCAUCGUUACUUCUGCAACUUUGGAUGCCGACAAGUUUUCUGCAUACUUCAACGAGUGUCCCAUCUUCUCCAUCCCUGGACGUACAUUCCCAGUUGAGAUUAUGUACUCACGAGAACCGGAAUCAGAUUAUCUCGAUGCGGCUUUGGUAACGGUGAUGCAGAUUCAUUUAACAGAACCGCCUGGAGACAUACUACUGUUCUUGACUGGACAGGAAGAAAUCGACACGAGUUGUGAAAUCCUCUUCGAACGUAUGAAAGCCCUAGGACCAAGCGUGCCAGAGCUAAUCAUCCUUCCUGUCUACUCCGCACUUCCUAGUGAAAUGCAGAGUAAGAUCUUCGACCCUGCACCUCCAGGGAGCCGAAAGGUCGUUAUUGCGACUAAUAUCGCAGAGACAUCAAUUACUAUUGAUCAUAUCUACUAUGUUAUCGAUCCGGGAUUUGUUAAACAAAAUGCUUAUGACCCGAAGCUUGGAAUGGAUUCAUUAGUUGUGACGCCUAUCUCGCAAGCUCAAGCAAAGCAGCGUGCUGGCCGUGCUGGAAGAACUGGACCAGGCAAAUGCUUUAGACUUUACACGGAGGCUGCCUUUCAGUCCGAAAUGCUGCCUACUUCGAUACCUGACAUUCAGAGACAAAACUUGUCAACGACGAUUCUGAUGUUGAAAGCAAUGGGGAUUAAUGAUCUCUUACAUUUUGAUUUUAUGGAUCCGCCUCCCACAAACACUAUGCUAACUGCUUUGGAAGAAUUAUACGCACUUUCUGCGCUAGAUGAUGAGGGCUUGCUAACUCGCCUGGGUCGCAAAAUGGCCGACUUCCCCAUGGAACCUUCUUUGGCUAAGGUCCUUAUUGCAGCCGUUGAUUUACAUUGCUCGGACGAAAUUCUUAGCAUUGUAGCCAUGAUUUCAAUGGGAACAGUUUUCUACAGACCAAAAGAGAAGCAAACUCAGGCUGAUCAGAAGAAGGCCAAAUUUCACGAUCCCCAUGGUGAUCAUCUCACCCUUCUUAACGUCUAUAACGGAUGGAAACAGAAUAAAUUCGGUAACCCCUGGUGCUUCGAAAAUUUCAUCCAGGCCCGGUCUAUGCGGCGCGCAAAGGAUAUUCGCGACCAACUUGUCAAGAUCAUGGAAAGAUACAAACAUCCCAUUACAUCCUGUGGUCGCGAUACUGCCAAAGUACGGCAGGCUCUCUGCUCAGGGUUCUUCCGCAAUUCCGCUCGGAAGGAUCCGCAGGAAGGUUAUAAGACCCUCAUCGAAGGGACACCGGUAUAUCUCCAUCCGUCUUCAGCUCUCUUUGGCAAGCAAGCUGAGUGGGUGAUAUACCACACACUUGUUCUUACGAGUAAAGAGUAUAUGCAUCACACAACCAGUAUAGAACCAAAAUGGUUGGUAGAAGCUGCACCUAGUUUCUUCAAAGUUGCACCAACAGACAAGUUGAGCAAAAGGAAGAAGGCUGAGAGAAUCCAGCCACUGUACAACAAGUUUGCCGCGGAAGACGACUGGAGACUGUCCGCGCAGAAGAGGCAGGGAAGAGGUGGUGGUGGUGGGACUUGGGGUUAG